AUGAGUCAUCCUUUCACCUACAAGAGCAAGUUUGAGACACUUCAUCAUGAGGCUGAGCAGUUGAUGAACAAAAGACUCAAGUUGCAGCAAUCCGUUGAUGAGGCUAAAAGAAAAGGGGAAGAGAUAUACGAAAGUGUCGACAAGUGGCUGAUCGAAGCGGGCAAAGCUAUUGAAGAAGCUGAUGAAUUUAUCCAAGGCGAAGAACAAGCGAAAAAGAGGUGUUUCGUUGGAUUAUGUCCUGAUUUGAAGACGCGCUACCUUCUUAGCAAGAAAGCAGAGAAGAAAGCGUUGGCAAUUGAUAAGCUUGUGAAUGAAGGCGACCAUGAUCCGAUUUCCUUUCGUCCCCGUAUACUGCAGAUAGUUGCCUCAUCAGUAUAUCAUCGUGAGGCCUUGAAUUCAAGAGUUUUGUUCUUGAAGCAAGUUAUGGAUGCUCUGAGAGAUCCUAAUCUUAACAAGAUUGGAGUUCAUGGAAUGGGAGGUGUGGGGAAGACCACCCUAGCAAAAGAGGUCCACAGGCAAGCUCUAGAAGAGAAGCUAUUCGACGAGGUGGUUAUGGUUGCAGUGAAUCAAACACCAGAACUCCGAAGAAUUCAAUCGGAGGUAGCUGAUGUCCUGGGCCUGACAUUUGAUGUGGAGGGAAUACCUGGAAGAGCUAAUCGACUAUAUGAGAGGCUGAAGAAAGAGAAGAAGGUACUUAUAAUUCUAGAUGAUAUUUGGAAACAACUUGAUUUAAAAGCAGUAGGAAUUCCCAUCGGGGAUGACUGCAAAGGAUGCAAAAUACUGCUAACCUCAAGGGACAAACAUGUACUGUCUCAGAUGGGCACACAAGUUGUUUUCCACCUUGACGUUCUACAGGACGAAGAGGCGUGGAGUCUGUUUGAAAUGACUCUGGCAGAUGCUAAAGAUUCAGAAUUGCCUCCCAUAGCCACGGAAGUUGCUAAAAAAUGUGCAGGAUUGCCUCUUCUAUUACUCACAGUGGCGACAGACUUGCGAAAUAGAGAGUCAUACGCAUGGAAUGAUAAGCUGAAGCAGCUAUCUGUGUUUGACAAUGAAGAAAUAUAUGCAAAAGUACACUCGGUUCUGGAGUCAAGCUACAAUGAUUUGCCUGGUAAUGAAGUCAAGUCGUUUUUCUUACUUUGUGGUCUGUUAGGACUAUCUAAUAUUCCAAUCCGGUCCUUGCUGAAAUACGUCAUGGGUCUAAGUUUAUUCAAGCACAUUUCUACUGUCAAAGAAGCAAGAAACAAAGUUUAUACUUUGAUUGAUACCCUCAAAGCAAAAUGCUUAUUGAUAGAUGGUGAUAAGUAUGGAUUUGUGAAAAUGCAUGAUGUUGUUCGAGACACUGCUUUAUUGAUUGCAUCUAGAGAGCAACAUGCGUUUAUAGGUACAAGAAGCGGCAGUGAGUUGAUGAAAUGGCCAAACAAGGAUUCCGCCAGAAUUUCUCUGCCUUAUUGUGAUAUUGAAGAUCUCCCUGAAGGGUGGGAGUGCCCAAAAGCAGAGCUACUAUUACUUUUCACUGAAGUUCUUUCUUUGGGAAUCCCAGACCUAUUUUUCAAGGGGAUUAGAAACCUCGAAGUAGUGGAUUUUACUGGGAUGCAUUUUGUGUCCCUUCCUUCUUCACUUGCUUUCCUAUCCAACAUUCAUACCCUUUGCUUGCAUCGAUGCCAACUGGAUGACAUAGCUAUCAUCGGAGACUUGAAGCAACUACGAGUCCUUAGUUUUGCAAACUCCUACAUUGUUGAGUUGCCCAGACAAAUAGAGGAACUGACUCGACUAAAAUUGUUAGAUGUGAGCGAUUGUUCCAAACUCAAAAUGAUUCCUGCAAGUGCCUUAUCAAAGCUGUCCCUGCUAGAAGCACUGUAUAUGAGUAACAGCUUUGAUCAGUGGGAGGCCGAUGGGAUUAGAAAUCAAGGCAAUGCAAGCCUUGCUGAGUUGGAAUACUUGUCUCACUUGAUGACUUUGGAAAUACAGAUACUGGAUGCCAAGAUAUUACCAAAACGCCUAUUUUCUAAUGGGUUGCAAAGCUAUAGAAUACUCAUAGGGGAUGGAUGGGACUGGAAUGGGAAUUAUGAAACCUCCAGAAUGCUGAAACUUAAGCUCAAGACAAGCAUUCAUUCAGAGUAUGGGGUCAAAGUGUUGUUGAGGGAGACUGAAGAUUUAUAUUUAGAUGAAGUGAGAGGGGCUGAGAAUGUGUUGUAUGAUAUUGAUGGGGACGGCUUUCCGCAAUUGAAGCAUCUCCAUGUCCAGAACAAUACCGUCAUUCAACAUAUCAUCAAUUCGACAAAGUGGGCUGCAUGUGAUGCCUUUCCCAUUCUAGAGUCCUUAAUUUUGGAAAAUUUAAUGAAUCUGGAGAAGAUUUGUCAUGGUCAACUCGCUGCAGGAUCUUUUAAUAAAUUAGGAAUUUUAAAAGUAUGGAAUUGCGACAGAUUGACGAAUCUCUUCUCAUUAUCUACUGCCAGAUGUCUUUUGCAGCUACGAGUAAUGGAAGUGCGCUUUUGUCCCAACAUGGAAGCUAUUGUUGUAGAUGAUGAAGACAGCAAUGAAGAAGUGGUUGAGUUCAAUCAGUUACGCUCCUUGACGCUGGAUGGUCUACCACAUCUUAGAAGCUUUCGCAGCAAAAUGAAGAAGGCGCCUCCAGGAAUUGAAUCGAGACACAAGCAAAUAUUGACUGCUGAUGAGCCAGCAUUUGAGGAAUUUGUGUCAGAGGAAUCAUCACUUUUCAACAGAAUGGUUUCUUUCCCCAACUUGGAGGUUCUUCUACUAGUCUCAGUUACUUGUGAAAAGAUAUGGCACGACCAACUUUCCGCAACUUAUUCAAACUUAAAAAGCUUGACUGUGACGAGAUGCGACAAUUUGAAGUAUUUAUUUUCAACUUCAAUUGUUAAAAGUCUUUUGCAGCUCAAAACACUUCGUAUUGAGGAUUGUAGUUCCUUGGAAGAGAUAAUACUGACAGAGGAAAUUAUAGAAGAAGAAGAUGAGAGGGUGAAUAAGAUAAUCUUCCCUAAAUUGGAUGCGCUGAAGCUUUGGCGUCUUCCAUACUUGAUUAGAUUCUGCAGUGGCUAUCAAAUUGAAUUUCAAUCUCUUAGAGACUUGGACAUAUUGGGAUGCGGUGCAUUGAUGUGUUUGGUCCCCAGUGUUCCACAUACAGACAUGAUGGCAAAACAAGUUUACACAGAGACGAACCACAAUACUGAAAUCCAAUCUCUCUUCAAUGAAAUGGUUGCUUUCUCUAACUUGGAGAAUUUGAAUCUCCGGGAAAUGAAUGACAUGAAAAGUGUAUGGCACAGCCAAUUUGCGGCUGAUUCCUUCUGUAAACUAAAAUCAUUGAAAAUUUCUUAUUGCUCGAAAUUGAUGACUGUUUUUCCAUCAAAUGUCUUAGAAAGAUUCCAAAGAUUAGAGGAGUUGAAUGUACGAUAUUGUAAUUCUUUGCAAGAGAUAUAUCAACUUGAAGGGUUCAAUGUUAUUGAAGCAUUUGAGCUGAGAAAAUUAUCUAUAGACAGUCUGCCAUCGUUGAAGCAUGUGUGGAGGAAGGAUCCACAAGGAGUUUUCACUUUUCAAAAUUUGAAAUCAGUUGAAGUUGCAAAUUGUGAUGUUCUAAAAAAUCUCUUUCCAGCCUCCGUAGCCGAGGGUCUUUUGCAACUUGAAAAGCUUUCAAUAAUAGAAUGUGGGGUUGAGGAGAUUGUUGCAAAGCCAGAAGAUGUGGAACCAGCCCCUUAUUACUGUUUUAAAACUGAGGAGUUUCUACCCAGGGACACAGAUUUCUGA